CGGGGACAUGUCCUGUGAGGAGUUGGCUCUCAGGGAGGUGGCUCUGCUCUACCUGGACAGCUCCGGGUCUCUGCACAAGUUUAUCGCUGACUGUGCCCUCUACAACGAUUCCAAACAGUGCCAUGCCGUUUAUCACUUCUACAUUUGUGUGAAUCCAUCUGACCUAACAGAAUUGGAUGCAAAGCUUGGAAACUGUGUGAUACAUGACCCUGUAUUGGCUGCAAAGUUGUUUCAAUCUGUUUGCUUUAUAUCCAUCAAGACACUGUCAUUAAUUCAACAGUUAGAAACAGAGAGUCAGGUCAAUGUCGUGCUGAAGCUGACGCACCUGCCCCCACUGCCCUAUUAUUCACUUAACCUCUGUCGCUUUCCCCGUGGCUACCAGCCUCUGAGAUACUACCUGAUUGAAGGGCUGGUGACUGCAAUAACAACUGUAACAAAGUACACUCAAGGCGCAAGAUUCCUUUGUUCCGAGUUGUGCUGCCCCUUUUCUACAGGCUUUAAGUACAUUCGAGUGCACACUCCAGGAGCAACAGAGUCUGCAACAGUGCGAAAUGACUUCACUUGCGCGUUGUGCAAUUCCCCACUCAAGGAGGACCUGAAAUACAGAGUUCUGGGUGACAAGCAGCUGAUUGAGAUGAUUGACCCAUCUGCCCUUGGUGUUUUGAAGGGAAAUGCAGUCAGUGGGUCAUGCUCCAGGUAUCAGUCUUUCACUGUCUUUCUGAGAGAUGAACUUCCUAAUAGAAUGAAGAUGGGAAACAGAUACUGUGUAAUUGGGAUUCCAGUUCACAUAUACAAUGGUUCACAGGUAACUUUGUGCGUGGAAGCAAACAGCAUACAGCCCUGCAUACUAAAAGACCCGACUUCCAUCAGUGAUAACCUGAAGUGCCUCCUGUCUGCUACUGCCUUUUCACCCUGGAGAUUCACAGCCAUCCUGGCUGACAUCUUUGCUCCACAGAUAGUCCCUCCAGGCACCUACCAGACUCUCAAAUUCAGCCUGCUACUCAGCUUGGUGCAGACCUGUGAGAAAGAAAAACAGAGAGUGCAAUACCUGGACCUUUUAGUUGUUACGGGUGAUACGGUUGUAGUGGACAGGCUUUUAACAUAUAGCCUGGGCCUGGUGCCUCGUGGAGUGCGACAUUUGGCAUCUUGCGAAAUUUUUGCUACAGUCUCCAGAGAUGAACACGGGACUGGCACUGCCAAUGUUCAGGCUGGCUCUGCCCUGCUCGCCAAGGGAGGAGUCUGUUACCUCGGGGAGCUUUGCACCCACAAAAAAGACAAAUUGCAACUGCUCCAGACAGUUUUAGAGACAAGGAGCACCACAGUAUUCAUCUCUGGGAAGAAGUUUGGAGAAGAUCAGCAGAUGGCCUUUCCGAUUGAGUGCAAUUUCUGGGCUUUAUCUGAUGCUGAUGCAUAUCCAAAGAAAACCAUGCAGCGAGAAGAUGCUGCCUUUGGUUUGGUGGACGUUGGCUCAGUCCCAGCAAAACUGGUUGAUGGCUUUGGUCUUUUGAUCUACUGCAGUGAAAUCUCCAACUCGCACUCUCCUCUCCCUCUUGUACAGCACAUUCUGCGGGAAGCCAUGAACUCAGGCCAGCCUCACUAUCCAGCAGUGCAGCAGCUCACAGCACAGGAUUUUGAAGAGCUCAUCGGGUUUGCCAGGGGACAGCAGGUUGAGUUUAGUCCAGAAGCUGAGAAGCUUAUACAAGGUUAUUACACAGCAAGUCGAAGGGUCCGAACUGAUCCUGUGCGUGGGUCAACAAUUUCUCCCAUUGCGGUGAAGAUCUUAAUGUCUGUGUGUGAAGCCCACGCCAAGCUCAGCCUGAGAGCUCGAGUGCUGCAGGAGGAUGCUGUCAUUGCUAUUCUGUUAUACGAGACUUCCAUCACAGCUCGGCACGGGGCAUCAGUUCUGUGUGUGGCUCCCAAUGCUGUGUUUCCAUUCGAUCUGAUUGAUGAACACAGUCUGAAUCAGAGGGACCUGUACCUGACACAGUUUCAUCAACACUUAUUGCAAUUCUGUGCCACAUAUGCUCCCGGGAUGUCGGUGCACUUAAUUGAAGAAUAAUUUGAAAAGUUUUGCCUGCACUCUAUUGACAGUUCUUUCAGAUUGUUACUUUUUAUUCAGCAGAAAUUUUAAAACUUACCAUUAAUUCCCAAACACUUCUACUCAAAGUAACUGAAAUUUUAAAGG